AGAAGCUAUGAGGGACCCCUUGAGUAGCCAGUACAGCUCCUUUCUUUUCUGGAGAAUGACCAUUCCAGAACUGGAUCUGUCUGAGCUGGAAGACCUGGGUCUGUCUGAUACACCCACUCACAAGAGCAAGGACAGCAGUGCUGGCAAAAUGACUGGGAAAGUGACCAGAGCAGAGCAGGAGAAAAACCCUAAAGGUGACAUCCUCCUUGAGUACAACACCUUCAACUUCUGGAGCGCUCCCAUUGCCAGCAUCCACUCCUUUGAACUGGACUUGCUCUAAGGCCUAGACUUCUCCCACCACCUUGUCCUCAUUGUCUUCCCUUUCCACCUCCUUCCUUCCAUCCCUUACCAUUUUAAUUUUGUUCUCUUCCCUGUAGUGUUGGUGGUGCUG